GAAACAUUUUAAACAUCAAAAAACACAUGAAAGAAUAAUUUAGUUGUGACUAAUAUAGUGAAAAAAAAAGAUCUAAAUGGCUGAUGAUGCACAGUUUUCUUCUUUGUUGGAAUCACUUCUAUCAAUUGAUAAUGAUGUGCGAUCCCAAGCUGAGGAAGCUUACAAUAAUCUAACUAUUGAAUUGAAAGUAACUCUUCUUCUUCGUGCCAUUCAAAAUGCUCAAGUUGAUGAGGACCGUAAGAGUAUAGCAAGUGUUUUGUUGCGCCGUGUUUUCUCGUCAGAAUUUCAAGAUUUUUUUCCAAAGCUUCCAGUUGAUGCGCAAACUGAAUUGAAGCAGCAAAUUUUACUACUUCUCCAGCAAGAAACGAGUCCAAAUCUCAAGAGAAAAAUCUGUGAAGUUGUUGCUGAAGUGGCGAGAAAUCUUAUUGAUGAUGACGGGAAUAAUCAAUGGCCAGAAGUACUUCAACUUCUAUUUCAAUGUGCAAAUGCAACAAAUGUUCAACUUCAAGAAUCAGCAUUGCGCAUUUUCGCAUCAGUGCCAGGAAUCUUUGGCAAUCAGCAAAACAAUUAUUUACAGAUCAUUAAAGAAAUGCUAUUGAAGUAUCUCGAUCCAUCAUCAAAUCGUGACGUUAGAUUUCAAGCUGUACGCGCUGUCGUUGCUUUUAUUUUGCUCCAUGAUAAGGAAGUUGAGAUACAAAAAUAUUUCUCUGAUCUUCUGCCACAUGUCAUCAUGAUCACAGCUGAUUCGAUAAAAGAAGAAGAUGAUCAAACACUCAUUAAACUUCUCAUUGAAAUGGCUGAAAGUGUUCCCAAGUUUCUUCGACCACAAUUAGAAGCUAUCUUUGAAGUUUGUAUUAAUGUUUUCAACAGUCCCGAUGUUGAAGACACUUGGCGUCAUCUUGCAUUAGAAGUCAUGGUGUCAUUGUCUGAAAACGCUGCUCCAAUGGUUCGAAAAAAAGCUGAAAAAUAUAUUGCAGCACUUGUGCCACUUGUGCUUAAGAUGAUGACUGAAUUAGAAGAUGAAGAUGAUUGGGCGGUAUCAGAUGAAAUAAAUGAUGAAGAUAGUGGGGAAAAUAAUGUCAUAGCUGAAUCAGCAUUGGACCGUCUCGCUUGUGGUCUUGGGGGGAAAGCAAUUUUACCACACAUUGCAUCUAACAUUCCUAACAUGUUAAACAAUGCUGACUGGAAAUAUCGACAUGCUGCUCUAAUGGCAAUAUCAGCUGCUGGCGAAGGAUGUCAUAAGCAAAUGGAAGCAAUUUUGGAUAGUAUCAUGCAAGGUGUGCUUAAAUAUCUCAUGGAUCCACAUCCUCGAGUUCGUUAUGCAGCAUGUAAUGCAAUUGGUCAAAUGGCAUCUGAUUUUGCUCCAACAUUCGAAAAAAAAUAUCACGAGCAAGUGAUUCCGGGCCUAUUGACACUUCUUGAUGAUGUCGCAAAUCCGCGUGUUCAAGCUCAUGCCGGUGCUGCACUAGUCAAUUUCAGUGAAGAUUGUCCAAAAUCUAUUUUAACACGUUAUCUUGACAGUAUCAUGACGAAACUGGAAGCGAUUCUCACAAAAAAAAUCAAUGAAUUAGUUGAACAAGGGACGAAAUUAGUUCUUGAACAAGUUGUUACAACAAUCGCUAGUGUAGCUGAUACAACAGGGAAAGAAUUUGUUGUUUAUUAUGAUCGUCUUAUGCCGUGUUUAAAGUAUAUGAUUCUUAAUGCCAACACAGAAGAGUUGAAGAUGUUGCGUGGUAAGACAAUUGAAUGUGUAAGUUUAAUUGGUCUUGCUGUUGGUGCUGAGAAGUUUAUGUCGGAUGCAAGUGAAGUUAUGGAAAUGCUGUUGAAGACACAUAGUGAAGGAAAUCUUCCCGAUGAUGAUCCUCAAACAACUUAUCUCAUCUCAGCAUGGGCUCGCAUUUGUAAGAUUCUUGGUAAACAAUUUGAACAAUAUUUGCCACUUGUAAUGGGUCCAGUUAUGAAAACAGCCGCAAUGAAACCAGAAGUAGCUGUCUUAGAUAACGACGAGAUUCAAGAUGUUGAAAGCGAUCCCGAUUGGCAAUUUGUGAAUUUAAGUGAUCAACAAAACUUUGGAAUUCGAACAGCUGGCCUUGAAGAUAAAGCAGCAGCAUGUGAAAUGCUUGUUUGUUAUGCACGUGAGCUUAAGGAGGGCUUUGCAAAUUAUGCUGAAGAAGUUGUACGUUUGAUGGUUCCAUUGUUUAAGUUUUACUUUCAUGAUGGUGUUCGACGUGCUGCAGCUGAGUCCCUACCAGUCUUAUUGAUAUGUGCAAAGAUAAAAGGACCUCAAUAUCUUGAGAAUAUGUGGGCUUAUAUUUGUCCUGAACUUUUGAAAGCCAUCGACACAGAACCAGAAAGUGAAGUUAUUGCUGAACUUCUUCAAUCUUUAGCGAAAUGUAUUGAAACACUUGGGGCUAAUUGUUUGUCACAAGAAGCUAUGGAAGAAGUUAUCAAAAUCGUCAAUCGAUUUAUGAAUGAACAUUUCGUUAAUGCUGAUAAAAGAAUUCAAGCAAGAAAUGAAGAAGAUUAUGAUGAAGCUGUUGAGGAACAAUUAGCUGAAGAAGAUGAAACUGAUGUUUAUCUAUUAGCCAAGAUUGCUGAUAUUCUUCAUUCCUUAUUUAUGACACAAAAAAAUGCUUUCCUUCCAUACUUUGAACAAAUUGCACCACAUUUUGUGAAGCUUCUUGAUCCAUCACGACCAUCGUGGGCUGAUCGGCAAUGGGGAAUUUGUAUUUUUGAUGAUCUUAUUGAAUUUUGUGGACCAGCAUGUGCACAAUAUCAAACAUGUUUUCUUCAACUCAUGAUUCAAUAUUGCAAAGACAAACAACCAGAAGUACGACAAGCAGCAAUUUACGGAUGUGGAAUUCUUGCUCAAUGUGGUGGCGAUCAAUUUGCACAAACCUUCUCUAUUGUUAUGCCGAUUCUUAUAGAAGCAAUUUUAGCUUCAAAUGCACGUGAACCUGAAAACAUGACAGUCACUGAAAAUGCUAUUUCAGCUGUUGCCAAAAUUCUGAAAUACAACAGCACAGCAAUUACCAAUCCAGAUGAAAUUGUAAAUGUUUGGUUCCAAAGUCUACCAGUAACGGAAGAUGAUGAAGAAGCCCCACAUAUCUAUGGAUACCUUUGCGAUUUAAUUCAAUCGAAUCAUCCAAUAAUUUUGGGUAACAAUAAUAGUAAUUUACCACGUAUUGUUGCACUUAUUGGUGAUGCAUUUUAUCAUGGAGUGAUUCAAAUUAUAACACCAACUAACGAGAAUAUUGAUAACAUGAGAAUGGACUAUGUUCAACGGAACAAUGAAGUAGCUGGCAGAUUAUUAAAUAUUGUAAAGCAAAUUCAAGGGAAUCCUGAAGUUUUUAAUGCUUGCAUUCAAUUUAUUAAUGACCAGCAGAAGGCAGCACUCGAUGAAGCUAUGAAAAGCUUCGCAAACAUCACAGUUGCAUAAAAAUAUUUACAGAAAAUUCUGUUUAAAAUAUUUAAUCAUAUAAAGAACAUGUUUACAUAACUUUCAAAUGCACCCCUUCACAUGGCAUACAUAUAUGCGAUUGAAUAAAAACAAAAAAGAAUGUUUUAUUUAAAUAAGAAGAGAGAGAGAGAGAGAGAGAAAAACAUACAAAAGAAGUUUCUAUUUUCAUUCAACUUAUUUUUAUAAACAAAAGAAAGAAAUUGUUAGAUUAAGGAAUGAAAAACCGUAAAGAUUAAACGGUUUGUUAAACAAAUGAAAUUUUUCUCGUUUUCAUAAUGAUUUUUUCAAUAAUUUAUUCUUGCAAACGAAACAGACUUUGCUGGAAAAGAUCAAGAAUUUGGUCUAAUCCAAUUAUUUAAUCUAAUCUUGAUCUUUCAAUAUUUCUAAAUCUUUAAUACAAGUUUUUACUUCAUCUUACUAUAGAUAUCGAAGGAAAUAGUUUUAAAAUGAAUGUUUUAUCAUUUUAUGUUAAAUCGAUUUUCAAAUUUCCAACCAUUUUAUUCAGCAUUUCAAUUUCACUCGAAUUGUAAAAACGAUUUUGGGAACUCAAAGUAAAGUUUAAUUUUAUUACAAAAAAAAAUUUGUUUGAAUUGUUGGAUUCGUAGAAAAUUGUCAAGAAAAUAUGAUUCACGGUAGUAGUCA